AUGCUGCUGUCUGCGAAAAGGGAGGAGGCAGGGGGCUCCCCGGCCGGCUCUUUGCAAGCCGGCCCAUCCCCUUCUCUUUCAUCCAGGAGGGAGGAGCCGCGGGCCGGCCAGGAGGCGAGGUGUGCAGAGAGCCGGAAACGAGCCCAGCGCCUCGCCGACCCCCUCCCGCGGCAGCACCUGCACCGUCUCUUCCUGAGGCCGUCGGCUGGGGACUGCGCCGCCCUCCCUCGGGCCCCUGCGCCGCCCUCCGCGCCCUUGGCACCAGCCUGGCCCGUCUGCUGCUGCAGCGCCCUUCCCGCCGGGCGCAGGCAGGGUCUUCACAAAAGGAUGGGUUGCCAAGGACUUCUCAGUUUUGGAAAGAAGCUGCUUCGCCGGAAAGUUGUGGACUGGACCAGAGAAGAGAGCAAGCUGUCACGAUGCCUCAACACUUUUGACUUGGUAGCUCUUGGUGUAGGUAGCACACUUGGUGCGGGUGUCUAUAUACUGGCUGGAGCAGUGGCACGAGAAAACGCGGGACCUGCGAUUGUUAUCUCUUUCUUGAUUGCCGCAUUGGCUUCUGUGUUGGCUGGACUUUGUUAUGGAGAAUUUGGUGCUAGAGUUCCAAAGACUGGGUCUGCUUAUCUCUAUAGCUAUGUGACUGUGGGUGAGCUGUGGGCAUUCAUCACUGGAUGGAAUUUAAUCCUUUCUUAUGUGAUUGGAACAUCAAGCGUGGCCAGAGCAUGGAGCGCGACGUUUGAUGAACUUACAGGCAAGCACAUCGAGCGCUUCUGCCAAGAGCACAUGACCAUGAACGUUCCAGGGGUGCUAGCAGAAUAUCCAGACAUCUUCUCCGUUCUCAUCAUCUUAACCUUAACAGGGCUUUUAAUUUGUGGAGUGAAAGAAUCUGCAAUGGUUAACAAAAUAUUCACCUGCAUCAACGUUCUCGUCCUCGGCUUUGUUAUGGUGUCAGGCUUUGUGAAGGGAUCAGCCAAAAACUGGCACCUCACCAUCAACGACAUCUAUAACACGACCAAUGAUUCACCUAGAAACAAUCAAACACAGGUAGGAGAUCUGGAGCGUGGUGUUGGGGGCUUUAUGCCCUUUGGAUUCAAUGGAGUCCUCUCGGGGGCAGCCACGUGCUUUUACGCCUUCGUAGGAUUUGACUGUAUUGCCACCACAGGCGAAGAAGUGAAAAACCCUCAGAAAGCGAUUCCCAUUGGCAUCGUCGCCUCACUCCUGAUCUGCUUCAUUGCUUACUUUGGCGUGUCAGCUGCCCUCACGCUCAUGAUGCCCUACUACUUGCUUGAUCCAAACAGUCCUUUACCCAAUGCAUUCCAAUACGUGGGCUGGGAGGGUGCCAACUAUGCAGUGGCCGUUGGUUCACUUUGUGCCCUUUCUACUAGCCUUCUUGGUUCCAUGUUUCCAAUGCCACGAGUAAUUUAUGCUAUGGCAGAAGAUGGACUGCUGUUUAAAUGUUUGGCUACGGUCAGCAAGAGGACCAAAACCCCAGCAAUAGCUACGGUAACUUCAGGGGCUGUGGCAGCUGUCAUGGCCUUUCUUUUCGACCUGAAAGAUCUUGUGGAUCUUAUGUCCAUCGGGACCCUGCUGGCUUAUUCCUUGGUGGCAGCCUGUGUAUUGGUACUGAGGUACCAGCCAGAGCAGCCUAACCUGGCCUACCAGAUGGCUAGUACAACGGAGGAGCCAGACACCAACGAGUCUGCAAGCACCAGUGAAUCGCAGACUGCAUUUCUGCCUGAAGAGGAGGAGAACUAUUCCAUAAAAGGCAUUCUGUUUCCCCCAAACUCAGAUCCCUCCAGACUCUCUGGUUUGGUGGUUAACAUCUCAUCUUGUAUCAUAGGUUUACUUAUCAUCAGCUGCUGUAGCUUUACUGUCCUUGGCAAAGACCUGCUGAUAAAAGGGACUGCGUGGGCUAUCAUCAUGAUUGCCAUGCUCGUUCUCCUUUGCCUCAGUGUCGGUUUAAUUAUUUGGAGACAACCUGAAAGCAAAACCAAGCUCUCGUUUAAGGUACCUCUUUUGCCUUUACUUCCUAUUCUGAGUAUUUUUGUGAAUGUUUAUCUCAUGAUGCAGCUGGAUAAAGGGACCUGGAUACGGUUUGCUGUCUGGAUGUUCGUGGGCUUUAUCAUUUACUUUGCGUAUGGAAUGGGGCACAGCGUGGAAGGUCCAUAUUCAGCACCGUCAGAUCCAGAAAGAAACACGGACACCAACUCGGACAGCGGUAAAUGAUAGCGUCUUCGGCUGAAGAGCAACCCAACCGUCGCUUCAGAUGAGAAAGCUUCAUCUCUGGGACCCUGAACUUCUUCUUCAGUUAAUGCAUGCAGCAGAGUGUGGGAUUCCCAGUCCUGCUUGCUGCAACUUGAAGCUCGCUUUACUUUGAUGAUGCAGUUAAAAGGGAUCCCAAGGAAAACGCCGCACCGCUGCCAUACGCCCAACAACACUGUUCCCUGAGGCUGCUGGCGCUCGCUCUCUCUUCUAUUUUAAAUGCAUAGAAAGAAAACCGCUCCUCUGUGUGCCAGUUAACCUUCAAUGCUGCUAUGAGACUAGGCCUCCUGAAAGUCCUUUCAGUAGCCCUGUGAAUUAACUCCCCAGGUACUUGUUUGUAAAUGGAGCAGACUCUGCAAUGCUAAUGUCAUUCCUAGAUCAGAUCCUUGGAUCAAGUGAUGUGGGCUGUAUCACAAAAAAAAAAAGCCUCUCACCAAAAAUAAUCUCCCAUUUGGUUACGAAGUGCCUACAGUGAGUUACAUUUUAAAGAAAAGCAUCCAGUGGCUUUAUUUUAAUUGUAUUUAACUUCUGAAUAGGUACUUGUAUACUUUAAAAUGCAACUUUGGCGUGACGUUUAGGGGAGCUGCUCUUAGGCUGAAUUCCCUUUUCCUUCAUGCAGCUAUUACAGACAAAUGCUUCUGUGAAUAACAGACCCCACCGCUCACUAGAGGGGCCUCCAGCUGUAGCUGUAAAUCUGCUCGGUAUAAGUAGUUCAGUGGCGCUAGAUGCGGGUGUCUCCAAAGAGCCCUCCGUUAAAGUCAAUGGAGAUAGUCCUGAUUUAUGCCAGUCAAAGUUAGAAGAGAAGCUGACCCUGGGAGUUUGCUUUUGACUUCAAUGGGAACAACAGGUUGAAGCCCGUAGAAAAUGACGCACAAAAUAGUCUCACGGUAUUCAAAAUUCUGUGGGGGAAAGUAUCUGAGACUCUCCUGGCUCCUGUCAGGUCUCCCAAGCAACCCCCGUGUGCAAUGUAAAAUGUCCCCUUAGCCAUUCACACAAUGGAGCAUGCCGCCUCCUGCCCAGCAAGGCUGAGGUAAGCUGAAAGGCCUGAUCAACACUGAUAAGUGUAAGCAGUUAAAUCCACACGCUUAUUCUGGUAUACAAGUGACUCUUUUUGGUUGUGCUUACAUCCCUUCCCAAGCAACGUACGCUAAAAUGAAAAAAAGGGACUCCUAUGCCAGAGUAAGUGUGUCCCCACAGGAGUUAUACUAUGUAAUUAUAUUGGCUUACAUUCACUCCUUUGCUUAUGCUGAAAAAACUUUCCAGAGUAGACAGUUCCUUAUGGUGAAAGUCUUCUCUCCCACCCUGAGCAGAGCUCUGUCUAGGUAUCUCAGGUAUCUAUAAGGGCCCCAUUACUAUAAUGUCUGAGCACUCCACAAACUUUAAUGUGUUGGUCCUUAUAAUGCCCCUAUGUUAUCCCCAGAGUGGAUACUAAACCUAUACCUCAAGUUGGGGCUGUGAUUCCCAGUAGCUCCAGGAGACACACCUGUGCUAGCUUGAAUGUAGCUACAGCAGUGUGAGGGGUUAGUCACCCAAAGGAUGUGCCUAGGGUUUUGCAUGGGAUUGUAUUCAGGCAGCUAGCACCUCCUGCCACUUCAACUAUACUGAGAGCUAGCCACAGGUAUGGCUUCUCAAGUUGGGAAGCAAACCCCCAGCUCACAGUGUAACUGUCCCAAAAAUCAUACAGGCAGUUUGGCAUGCAGCAUGCAAUAGAAGCCAGGUCUCCCGCUAGUGAUCUAACCACUUGACCAUCCUUCUACCUGUUAAACCAAGUAGGGCAUAAAUGGUGUAGAGCAGGGGUCUCCAAACUUCAUGAGCUGAGGGCCAUAUUAGCUUUUUGAAGGGUCUUCGCAGGCCAAAGCGACUGUGAAAGAAAUUAAAUAUAUGCAAAAUCGUUAACAAAAUUGUCAAGCAGGCUCCCCUUUUUGGGUCUGCUCUGCCCCGGGCCUGCUCCCUUCUCCCUGUGCCUGCUAGACCUGCCUGCUCUGGUGAAGAAAAUGACAAAGGAUUGAAAGUUUGGCUGUACUUUGGUAAGAGAAGCUCCAGGUUCCCAUUGUUGGUUGGGACUCUUUGGUUCUAUUAGUGCUGUAGUUAAAAUUUAACCAUUAUGAAAUUGUUAAUUUCCAGCUUCUUUACUCCAUUUAUUGGAGAUGUAAUUAAGCAUCUGGCUUGUAUUUUUACUCUAAGGGAGGGGUCCGUGCCUGCUCGGCUGCAGCAGCAACUCUCCCCUAAGUUGGCUCCCCUUUUGGGGGGACACUGGCUCCUGGGGGCACUCACCCCUCCGCACAGUUGUCUAGUGCCAUUUCAGUGAUACCAGCUGGUGGGACUUCAGUAACACAUGGAUCAUUUUAACACUGUUCCAUGUGCUGCUUGUAGUACAAAAUAAAGGCCACGUCCUGCUCUUGGAGCUAUACAAUGGCUCUUGACUGUCGGUCAAGUGUCUUCUUUCCUCAGACAUGUGAAAUUCCAAGAAUUCCACUCAAGCGGGAAGGAAGAAUGUCAGAGUCAAGAACCACAGUGCAGUUCUCAUCCUUUUAUCCUAAACGGAGACACUCUUAGUACACUUCACAUGCUCAAAAAAAGCAGUGAUGUCAGAGAAAACCACUGAUGUCAGAGAAGGGAACGUUUCCUGUGGUACCAAAAACAGCUGAGUGCAUUUCUUCAACUUGGGCUACAGCUUUUAAGCAGUUGUAAAAUUUAGCACUGCAUGACUAUUUGAAAGGGGUGAGCGCUGGUUGAAAGGUGGAUUUUGAAAGGAAAACUAUUUAAAUUUAGGCAGAUUGCUUGCUGUAAAAAUGUUUUGAUAAAUGUUAACUUAUUUUUUUUGUCUUGCAUUUUUUGUCGUCUUUGGGACCUGCUUGGUCUUCAUGUUCCACUGCUUUAGCUCAGCUAAUUACACAUAAAGUGCAGAAAAUAGCAGCACUUAGAAGAAAAGGGAAAUUUUUGGUGGGAGAUCAUUUUUCUUUCAUUUCCUUUGCUGUGAGAAAGUUCAGAGGAAAAAAAAAUCCUAUUUAAUUAUAAACGGCAGUUAAAUUAUCUCUUACGUACACAUGUCCAAAGUUUUCUUUCACAAGUUGAAAGGCAAAGUUCCACCAAAAAUUUUCUAGGAUAGUGACACUGAUUGUGCUAAAUAUAUGAAGCCCUUUUUUCCCCCUCUGAUGUCCAAAUGUACAUAGCUCAAGCUGCGUAUCAGGGAAGACAUGCAAAUACUGCUGUAAUCUUGCUGUUGUGAAGAACAUGCCUGCAUUUAGUUGAGCUGCUUUUUGUAAAUAGUUCAGUAAUUAUUCUAUGUUUAUAAGAGUAUUUUGUAUAGCUGCCAGAGCUUUUCUCUUUAUGUAAAGUUGGGUGUAGAAAUGAUGCCUUCUUUGGGAUAACGAAAGCAAGAAGAAUUGGCCACUUUUUUUUCAAAGGAGAGGCAGUGGCAAAUGUGGUCAGUCGGAAUUUUCAAGGCAGCCUCUUCCCUCAGGAAUUUGAUUUCAUUUGAACUCUAUUUGCUCAUACAUAUCUGAGGGAAGGUGCCUUCUAGGGGAGAUCUAUAGAUGUUUAUUUUUAGGUAUAGUCACUAGAGCCUCUUAACAUUUUUCAGAUGAAAACUUAGGUCAACAAAUGGUCUGUUUCAAAAAGAGGUAUUUUUAUGUGCAAAACCUAUUAGAUUUUUUUUAAAAUAUUUUUCCUUUGAAAAUGGUAAAUGAAAAAUGUAACCUGUUGGGUUUUGUCAUCAUUUUUCCUCUUUGUUUUCCAUUACUGUUGAGUUCCUCAUGUAUGUGUUGAGGUGCUGAUUUCUUCUUGUUACUCUUUGCAGUCUUUGUCAGCCUGAGUUGUUGAUUUUUAUUUACUUGCCCCUAUUGAUUGAUCACCUUAGUUGCUUAGUGGGAUUUUUUUUUUCCAAAUUAAAAAAUAAAUCACUUUUGAAAACUACUGAUUUAAAAAAAAUGCAGUGGAAAAAUAUAGAAAAAUAAAACAUCAGCUUGCUUCAAAAACUAUCGCAAGUAAAUUUUCAGAUAAUUUCUGGGGUGGGUUUUCAACUAUCUUUUGAAGGAAAGGCAGAUAGACGACCUGAUUGCUUCUGUUGAAGUCAGUGACCAAACGUCUGUUAAAUUAUUUGGCUAAAUUCAUCCCUGGUGACUUGGACGGAUGAAUUUUCUACCAGGGAUGAAUGUGACCCAUUGACUUCAGUGCAAGCAGGGAUGGGUCCAUAAUUAAAACUCUGCGGAUGGUUAGCAGACUGAAGUCCCAAAUGGCUUCAGUGCUCUGUUUUGCUAGUUUUAGUGACCAUCUGUUUAGAGUUAGUGUUGGAAAGGUUAGGUUUUAAUUAGCAAAUGUCUGCCACUGUCAUUUUUGCCCUUUAGCUGAAAUGGGUGAAAAGAAAUUCCAUCACUAACAAUAAAAAAUGUACAGCGAGGGAAAGUGAAGAACAUAUCAUAUGAUAUGUUGCUCUUGUAGAGAUCUAGCUUCCUCCUCUGUUGCUAUCAGUUCAGUUAACAGACAGCAACGUGAACUAUUCUGGUUAUAUUUUGGACAGUCGGUCACUACAGUUUAUACAAAUAUUGCCUUGAUUUAAAAUUUUUAAAUUCCUGUUAGUACAAAAAUUUCCACUCAUGAACACUGAAAAAGAUAGUUAGAAAUGCUCGCCCGUAUCAUCUGUCAAAAGUAAUAGACAAUCAAAACCUGAUCUUUCCAAUCCUAUGCACGGGGAAUGUGUUCCAAACAAACCAAUGUGCUUACUAGCAGAGAGGUCUGCUGGUUUCUCUCUUGCCUUCACUUCAGAAUGAAUAUUGACCCAGUCUUCUAUUUUAAGAGAGUGUCUGCUAUCCCCUUUAGCACAAGAGCAUAUUUGUUUCUUAGGCCUUGAGGUGGAUACACUUUCAGCAUCAUGAGCUUGAUUAUUGGACAUAUAUUUACUGGGAAGUUUCAGUGAAACUUCUAAAUCCUUUUACCCAAAAAUGUACUUAGUGUUAAGUGUGUUGUUUUAAAAAAAUCCCUUUUGUUCUCCAUUGUACAUGUGGGUUUACUGACCACACCUGCGUUAGGGUCCCCGUGACUUCCUCUUUACAACUCACUGCAUCCUCCUACUCAUUGGAUGCCAGUGGGUGGCUGUUUCUUAGUUAAAGCCAAAACUCUGAUGUGUUUGAGGCUACUGGAGUGGGAGGGUGUCAUGUAAGUGCAACAAUAUUUCCCGCUCCCCACCACCCAACUGUCAAAUCCACAUCAGGAUAUACUUCACUGGACUGGACAGUGCCACAGAUUUGGUACAUCAUUCACUUGGAUGAAAUUCAACCCCAUCCCCCAGCCUCCUAUUCAAGUAGAGGCCCCUAGAGACUUGGCACCACUUGUGUUCAGUUUUUUUAAGAGGUGGAUAGGCCUUUGUGCAGGGUUGCAGUUCACCCUUGCUGUAGAAUUUAUUUUAACACUGCCUUCUGUUGACUCUCAUCAUUCUUUGCUUGCAUCCACACUAUUGACAGGGUAGCUGGGUGAUGCGUUACCAGACUUGGGGGACUGUCGGAAGAUCCAAAAGCACGUUCUAGUUUUUUAACUGCAUUACCCAAGUCUUAUUGAAAUCGUGUAAAGACAGAAUUGUGUACAAAUAAUGUCUAUUUUUGUGUGUAUUUGGAAUAGUUGGGGGAGGCAUGGGUGGUAGGCACUUCAGAGGCUUAAAGGAGGGGACUCUUAUAGUUGGAAUUUCUAGUGGAAUGUUUAUUGACGUGCUGGUAUGAGAAGCCAUGUUCUGUUCAGCAUUUCAUCACUGUAACCAUGAUGCCUGAUGCAAUUUUAAAGGUUUACCCCUAUUCACACUAUUCCUGUUUCAGCAGUGGGAGGGGUAGAUAAUUCACUCUUUUUAAUGAUGAAUGGGGUUCAGAGCAUGUUACAUAUGCAAAUGUAUCAUACAAAAACUUCCAGGCAUUUGACAUGGAGAAAAAGGACAUGAAAAGCCUCUAGGUUUUCUGAAUCCUUCAUGUUUAGUCAGUUACUAACUGAUUUUUAUCAUAUUAAACAUGUCUGAUAACCAAACUGGAAACCAAAUGGCGUAAGAACUCGCUUGUUAUGAAACUCCAAGCCAUGAUUUCCUCAGGGUAUUUGCUCUUGGCUCAUGCUCCAAGAAGUGAGGUUAGUCCAAGACAUGCAAACUUCUAAGCAAUAUGGCAUCUUUUCUCCACUGAUAACUUACAGCAAGUCUUUGGCAUAGUAACAUCGGUGUUUCCAGAUGAUGGGAUGGCUGUGACACGUGUUUACAUUGUGCCUUUCAGCUUCAAUUGAUCGUAAGAGCACAAAGACUGAUGACAACUUUGGGUCGGUUUAUGUAUCACAAACCUAUACAAAACAGGGGAGGGGUUCUUCGGUGAAGUUGCUUUUACUGACCAAGCAGCCAUGGAAGAGUUUACCUACUUUUUUUUAUUCAUCAAAAUGUACAUACAUUUCUGUUGUUUGGUUUGUUCGAUUUUUCUAAUGAUUUCAAGGAAUUUCUUACAAUUAUGAUACAUGGUUAGACUCCUAGUCCUAGCUCUGCAAAUCUAGUUUUUGUCUCUGUCUGGGGUUUGGUUAUUUCGUUAUAAAUUCUUUUUUAAACUGUGUACUGUUUAGACCCUAGAAUUACAUUUUAAAAAUGUGAAACUUUCACCCAGGGCACAGCACGGGCAGACAGACACUUUUCAACAGACAACACUGUAAAUAAAUCUCCCCUGGACUGUGCUUUUUGACUUUGGAAAUCAACUUGUAAUGAAAUGGCACAGUAUUAAAAUGUUUUCAUGAAAUUCA